UUCCAGAAAUUGGUAACAAAUUCCAAAUAGUAGAAAGUUUCAAGAAAGCUGCUCAACAAGGUGCUAAAGCAGUAGGUUUUGCUUUUAGUAUAUCAUCGUCAAAAAUGUCACAUGAUGAAAAAGGUGGCCAAGCUCCUUAUAUUAUUUUACAAUAUACAAUAGGGAGCGUGUAUAUAAAUAAUCAUAAUAUUACUGAAGAAACCAGGAAAAGGAUUAAAUUUACAAAGCAUCAAGGCUGUCUUGUUGCUUUGUAUGCUGUUUUGGAUGAGAAAGCUGAUGUUUGGAUACUUAAUACAGAACAAAAGAAGCUAGUUCAUAUGAUGCUCAAAAGUGAAGCACCAAUUCAAAUUAGAAAUGCUCUGAAUAAAGGCUCAAAUAAUGAUACAACUAUGCAGCUUUUGCAGAUGUUAGAAGAAUGCCAGUACGUAGUUCGCCAUCUAUUAUCAAAAGAUGGUUGUAUGAAAAACCUAUUUUUUACCUAUAUUGAAGCUGCGCGUCAUGCUGCUAUAUGUCCGGAGGUGCUAAUCAUUGAUGCAACUUAUAAAACAAAUUUGUACAAGCUCCCUUUAAUAAAUUCUGUUGAAAACGAAAAGGAAUAUACCUACGAAUGGUUUUUAAAUACGUUAAAAGAAACAGUCUAUAAUGCUUUUUUUUGUUCUUCAGAAGUAUUUGUUUCAGAUAAAUCCAAAGCUCUUCAAAAUGUAGCAAAUAAAUUUUUUGAUUCUGAUGAUGAUAAUGAAAAAUUAUUGCUAUCAAUUCAAAAAGUUGCUUAUGCUGAGAAGAUGAGUAUAGUCAAAGAAGCAUUUGAAGAGGUAAAGCAAGCAGUGAUGAAGAGUAGAGACCCUAAUUAUAUUCAAAAUUACUUUGAGGAAUGGAAAAAGGAUUCAGAAUAUUGGAUGCAUGUUUAUACAAAACAUUAUCCUCAUAUAGGAGUAUUUUCAUAUAUUGAUCGUGUCUUUCGUCAACAUCAACUACAAAAAAAUGAAGCUUUAGGGCCCAUCUCACUUUCAAUUAUCCACCCCCUCUGGCUUCUAAAACAUAAUUCUGUACCUUUAUUACCUUCAUCUUUGUCAACUGAUACAGCUUUUAAUAAGGCUUUGUAUAUGCUUAAAGAAAAAUAUACAAAUUUAAAUGAUAGUAGGUCUAAAGCUUCAUUGUUACAUAAAAUCAAAGCACUUAUUGCUGAAGAAAUUGUAAUUCCAAAAGCACCA